ACAAACCCACAUAUUCCUCGUGCCUCAAUUUCAUUUUCCCUCCUCCCAAUUAAAAAUUCUCAUUCUCACCAUUCUAUUAUAUAUAAUAACUUAAGCCCUUCUCUCUUCACCGUCGCUUCUGUCUUCUCAAAAUUUAAUUCGCCAACAACCAUUUCUCAGAGGGAAGAAUGUCAAGCUCAUCGGAGUAUUCAGGUUUUUCCGGCCACCGCCCGGCGGAAAAGUCAACUUUCUCUCAGACUUGUAGUCUAUUGAGCCAAUACCUCAAGGAAAAGGGCAGCUUCGGAGACCUUAGUCUCGGAAUGAGUUGCGCCGUCGAACCAAAUGGUUCCCCUGAAACAUCGUGUCACUCUGCAACAACCAUGGAGUUGUUUCCCACCAUCAUGACGCAAAGGAACCCCACUGCCAUGGAUUUCCUCUCUCCGCAAACUGCUUUUCCUCGCCACUCUGAGGUUCCAUCCAUUGUUAAACCAAGGUGUGUUGUUUUGCUUGUUUAGUUAGUUGUGAAGUCAGUGAACAGCUUUUCAAAUAUUUAUGAGUCAUGCCGGGAAUGGAUUCUUUGCAUUAACUUUACCAUAAGAUAUUCUAAUUCUUCGAUAAGUUUUAUUAAUACAAUACGGGUCUUGCUAACUUAGUAACUAGAACCCUAAGCGUACUGAUUAAAAAAUUAAUAUGGAGAAAAUUUUCAUUGAAGACUACAGUAAAAUUACACAAUAGAAUCUUCGGGAUACUAGAUAGUAGAUAGCAUUUUCCAUGUAAUAUAUUUCUGUUUUAAAAUUGAGCUUUAAAUGAAUCAAGGAUAGAUCAUAACAUUUGACCAUGUAAAGUAGUUUAUUUGUUCCUAGUCAUGAUUGCAUACAGUUUCAUAAUGAUUAACAAGUUUUUUUUUUUUU